UUAUUUAACUCGGUAUAUAAAACUAUUAAAUCUUCAAUGACAUAAGUAUAAAAUCAUGAAAAGAUUAGAGGUAGAUGAAAAGAUUGUGAAAUUUAAUAUUAACGUUCUUAAAUAAUUUUCAUAGCCAGUACUCUUAGACCUGAAUUGUACUGUGAGUGUCUUGUCUACUUAAAAUCUCAAAGUGACAAUAAAUCAUGUUGGCAGCAAAGAAACUGAUCGUCUACAUUGGUAUCCCGCUGGUGGCGUUACUAGUUGUGGUGGGAAUUGCUCUAGGAUUCAUAUUUUAUUACAAAGACCCUGAAGCCAGUCCAGUAUCUUCAAGGAAGAAACUGGUGAUAGAUCAUGAUGGUGGAGCUGAUGAUGCCUUCGCAGUUACACUGAGCUUGCUCAAUGAGAAGUAUUUCGAUGGUCCAGAACUAGUUGCCCUAACAACAACAUUCGGAAAUGUAAACCUCACGCAAACAAUUAUCAACAGCCAUCGGUUUCUGGCACUCUGUGAUAGGGAAGAUAUUCCAAUAUACUCCGGUGCUCAUAAAGCUUUUGUAUCAGACAUGGUAUCUGAUAACUUUUAUGGAAUGGACGGGUUAGGAGACACCGGUUAUGAAGCUCCAUCGACAAUAGAAAUCGAAAAGAAUCCAGCUGCCAUGGCUCUCAUAGAACUCUCUGAGAAAUACGAAGGCGAACUGAUAGUAGUAGCUAUUGGUCCAGUUACCAACAUAGCAUUGGCUGCUCGACUGGAUCCCGACUUCAUAGGACGACUGUCGCAGUUAUACGUGGGUGCAGGCCAUGUUCACAGUGAAACUCAUUCUGAGCCCGAAUUCAAUGCUGCUAUGGAUCCUGAGGCGUACUACAUAGUGGCAGAUAGUGCUGCGGCUGACAAAGUGACAGUUGUACCAUUUUCUCAAGUUUACAACACGCUGAAUGUAUCCAGUGAGUGGCGUGAAAAUGUUUUGGGAAAAAUUAAUACACCCAUCAUGGAAGCACUGAACAUGUUUGAACGAGUAUCGUUUUCCAAAGAAAGCUCGUGGACCCAACUAGACCCGGCUGUGGCGUCCAUUGCACUACACAAUGAAAUCGUCGAUGAGUUUAAAUAUUCAAAUAACAGCAUCAUUUUGCAAGGUGAAAGUCGUGGUAUCAACACCAAUGACCUCUCCUCAUCAGAACCUAAUACAAGAUUAGUUUAUAAAGCGAAUAUUGAACAUUAUCAACAGUUCCUAUUAGACGUGUACUCAGCUGAAUUAAAUCCCUAAUUUUGAGUAAAUAAGGUUGAAAUUAACGCAAUUGCAAUGAUGAGGAGUCCAUGUUGUGAAAUAUUUGAAGUGAUUUUUUUUUAUGUUUGUUUCUUUUUUGUUACUAAGAUUGAACAUUAUGUACUUAUAAUUAAGUAAUAAUAUAUUUAUUUAUUGACUGAAUGA